CUCUUGGAGUUGUGGUUCCUGACGUCAUUGGCCCGUCAUGGCGGCCUCCAUCAACAACAUGGGUGAAAGAGACGUUCAGAGUUCUAGUCCAUCUUUCUCGGAGUUUAAUCUUAUCAUAUCGCAUGUUAUUGGUGACAAGAAAACGCCGCCUAAAUCGCUUCCGGUAAUUGGUAUACCUCAGCUGCCAUUAACUCGAGAAGAAGUAUUUGUGCAUUCAGUCUUUGAGUCCUGUACUUUCAAAUCUACUAUGAGCUGCGUUAUAGGAUUUGCCUUGGGUGGAGCAUUUGGCCUGUUCACAGCAGGAGUUGAUCCUAUGUCAACAAUAUCAACAGAAACGCCAACAACACGGAUGGUUUUACUUGAGAUGAAAAAUAGAGCUUUGUCAUAUGGGAAAAACUUUGCUAUGAUUGGAGCAAUGUUUGCUGGAACGGAGUGUCUUCUUGAAUCAUACCGCGGCAAGAGCGACAUGAUGAAUGGAACAUUAUCAGGAGGAAUUGUGGGUGGUGUCAUUGGCUUCAGAGCUGGACUGAAGCCUGGUCUUGUGGGAGCCGCCGGCUUUGCACUAUUCUCUACAGCCAUAGACUAUUUCCUUCGACACUGAGAAUUAUGUUACUCUUGAAAUAUUCAUGAUGUCCAUUCAUGAGAGAAAGAGAUGAGAAUGAGAGAAAAGCUGACCGCAGGAUAAUACACGUGUGAUCAUACACAUUUUACAUUGAAUGAUAAAAUGUAUGUGUUUUUACUUCAGCUUUACUUUAUGGUUUGUGACUACGUAUGAGUAUUAUUUGUUGCUUGCAUAAAACUAGCAGAAUGAAGAAAAUGAUAUGACCCGUCAAUGAUAUUGAAGAGUACAUCCUUGUGAUGCUUGGGUGUAUGAAUGUUGUGAGAAUGUGAAAUCAAAACAUAGUUUUGGUGGAUAUGAAGUGAGGAUGGACUGUGCAGUUAACUGUAACUACCCAGAUAGCAUCGAAACAUUUUAUAAACGUUUAUAAAUGGUCAAGAACUUUAUGGUGUUUAUAAGUUUAUAAAAUGUUUAAAUGCUAUCAGGGUACAAGCUGAAGAUGAUCUAUGUCUAACAGUGUACAGUAGUGCACUGACUAUUGUAUACCAAGCUAAUGUCUAACAGUACAUUAUUACAUACCAAGCUGAUGAUAAUGUGUGUCUUAACAGCCUAGUGCAGUGGUUCUCAAAGUGUGGGCCACGGACCACUUGUGGGCCGCACGCAUGUCAGGUGGUCAGUGGCUGACAGUCAUCACAUGUCAGCAAAGUGAUAUUUAAAUCGCCAGAUACACUUAUUAGUCCAGUGUUGAUUUCUCAUCAGUUUUAAUUAUCUCCAUGUCCAACUGCUCGUUGGCAUGACAUCUGGCUGACCCACUAUGUCUUGAUGUCACAGCGCGAGCAUUGCGUCAUUUAACCGCUUCAUCCGUUAUCUUAGUAACGCAGUGCACGUCCUUAUUUUUAGUGUUAUGUGUACUGUGCGAAGUAUUAAUUUGAUGUAAACUUAUUACUGGACUACUGUCACACAAGUACAUUUAGUUUUGACUUGUAAUGAGCCACAUGCGGCCAUUUAAGUAUGAAAUUCACUGUACAGAGUGAUUUUAGGCCUUGGUGGGCCGCCGUACUUCUUACUUUAGUUAAGUGGUCCACCGGCCCAAAUACCUUGUGAACCGCUGCCCUAGUGCACUGUCUGUGAUGUAAAGUGAGUCUAUAUUGAGAGGUUAUUCAUCCUUGUUGUGAGUUAUGGACAGUCCACAGAAACAGCAAGUUCUUCAUGAAUUGACGUAUUUUAUUUUUCUUUAGUACAGUGAUUUGACAGUCAUGAUACAGCUUAAGAAUAUAUCUUUAGUACAGUAGGUUGACAGUCAUCUAUCAUAUAGCUUAAGAUUAUAUCUGUUUUAAAUGUGGUGAGCAGCUUUGACCAGGUAGUGUGCCUCUACAUGCCAUAAAAUUGAUUACUGAAUAAUAGAAGCUGCAAGAAAUAUCUUGAUUAUGGUAUUAAAGUUUUCCUCAAAUCCA